ACUGUACUUGCUGGCCAGCUGAUGAAUAUACAAUAAUAUCUAUAUCAACUUGGGUGCACUUGACAGUGCAGUACAUAGAUAAGCGCAUCCAAGAAAUCAGCCAUAACUUCAGUGGAGGCAGGACGCACAACCUCAGAGAUGGGAUGACACCCACACACAGUUCACCUCAACCUGCCAACAUUCAUGUCCAACUGUCUGCUUGAUGAACUACCCACAAGCCUCUUCCCAGUGCAAUGUCGACGGGUGAUACGAUGAAGGAUGUUGUCGCUUUCGCAUGCUUGAGAAGCAAGGAGAGCAGUGGAAGCCAUGACAGUGUGAUCAGCAUGAACUCAGGCUUUAGUGAGGACAGCAUGGAACACUUAUCUGCUGAGGAGAGGGCAUGCAUCAUGUAUCUGGAGCAGACCAUUGAAGCAUUGGAGGUGCAGGAGGACAGCGGACUAUCGAAUGACGAACCAGACUCUAGACGCCCUCCAGAGAAUAUGGGUCUAAAUAAAGUCAAUGCUAUUUCCAGAUUGGACUUCAAGACCAGAAUGGAUCAGCGAUCGGAGACCUUGACCACUCUGCUGGGUGGCUUUCCCGUUGGCAAGAAACCUGUGUACAUAUCAGUAACUGAAGAAAACAUAGCGGGGCAUAAUCUUUGGAAUCAAACCUGUGAACCAAACUUCACCACUGCUCCUAAAGCCAGCACAGAAGCACUUAAAGCAUCUAUGACGGUCAUAUCACCACCUCAAGUUCUGGUUACUGACUCGGUCCCUGGCCUCAGCAAAUCACUCGAUGCGCAUACUGAAGGACUGGGUUUACCAACCAUUGACGACUCUCCAAACAUAAUCCCUUACAUUACUCCUGACUUAGACCUCGGUCUGAUCCCACCACCAUCUGCUUUCAGGGAUGAUCCGGGACUUUACCCAGAGCCCGACCCAGAGCCCGAUCCAGAGCCUGACAGCAUCAAAGCCUCCCCUCACGACAACAGCAGCAGGCCAGUCUCUAUUGACUUGAAGCGGCUAUAUCAGAGAGCCUUGGAGAAGAGGCCACCAGUUAGCCCCCCUGCUAACAAGAAAACUACAGACAAGCUCGAUAUCAAAGCUCAUCAGAGUCCCCUCGCCUUGGAGUCUCUUCUACCAAUGAACCUUCAUCCUGAAGCCAAAGAGCCCCAAAGCCCACCCUCUGUGGCCCCUAAACCCAAAAGGCUUUCAUUCCACUCACUCUACCAAACACAAACGGAAGUACCUAAUACGCCAAAUGGGAACAGCGACCGACAACCGCUGAACCAGGAGAGAAUCCACCUUGAGGCCCUCCAGAAGAUUGGGCUGCUUAAAGGUUCUGUGACUGAUCCAGGCCCCACGGCGAGUCAUAAACUUUCCCCGCAAACACGAAGGUCAUGGGUACCUCUUCCAGCUCCGAGCAGUCCGACACUCCCGAGUCCAUCCAAUUUAACACCAUCGUAUCGCUUCAUAAGCAGUGCUUCCCCUGGCUCCUUCUCGACUGCCUCGGAAAGGCCGUCUGUCUCCACUGCCUUCAGUGACCAUGGCAGACCUUGCUCGUUAGGCCGGGAACAAUCUUCUGUGAACAAUAUUUUAGCGAGUUCAAAGUAUACUCAAUUAAAAUCGCCUUCUCUCACAUCAUCAGACCUGGUCAAGCAGUUAACCAAGGUUACAGGUUCCCGGUCAGGUGCCAUGGAGCACACCGGGCUCCGCCUAAGCCGCCCUGUAGAUCAUCAUGAAAGAAUUAGUGUUGAGCGGUGCCUCAAUCAUGCCACCAGCCCUGACAUUCGGCGACGUGUCUCCUCCUCUUCUGCCCUGCAGCACUCGAGAGACUCUCACAAGCUGCCUCGGCCGCAUGGAAUCAGUGUACUAAUCCCCCCUCGAGAUGCAAAUGGAAUGGACCGCCGUGAUGCCCUGAAGAAACUCGGACUGAUUAGGGACUAAGAUGAGCCAGGCACCCACUCAAAAUACCAUGAAGUUCUUACACAUAAUUAAUGACCUGUAAAUAAAUACAGACAAACAUUCCCAUCUUAUGUUCAAAGCUGCAGGAAGCCGGUGUAUUUCUCAAUGGAUAUCCUGUGUUGAUCAACAUCUCGAUAUUAUACAGUGGACCCCCACAUAUUCUCGAUUUGGCACCUGCAGAUUUAGUUGGUUUUUUUUGUUUGUUUAUUUGUUUUUUCGCCUUUUAAAAAUAUUUAUGUAUUUUAUUAUUUAUUUGCUUUUGGCGGGGAGCCAAUCAUUUAUAGUGGUAUUCUCCACUGAGUCAUUUUUUUUGGGGGGGGGGUGAAAAAAAAGUUGAAAUGCAUCAGAAUUCGAGGAUUUUCGCUGUCUGUGUGGCGGCCUGCUCCCUGUCCCCAGUGAAUAGUUGGGGGGGGGGGGGGGGGGGGUUCCACUGUACUGUGUACAUUUACAUAUCCACUUAGAGUACCUUAUAAGCUGCCUCAUUAGCCUUUAUUGCAGACAUGCACACUAUUGCACUCAGUAUAUCUCCUAAAACUGUCAGUUAAGCACUCAAAAUUCAUGUUUAAAUCUUAGAAAGAGAAUACAUUACAUUAUCCUGAUAAAGGAAAUGACGGAUGUCUGUUACUAUCUAUUUUAUGCCUCUGCUGACGGCAGGAAUUUUGGCAACAUGCAUCAUUUUCAUUUUUAAGAUACCACAUUGAGGCACUUGGCAGGAUAUGAAGUCAAACAGCAGGAAGGUGGUGAUUAAAAAAAAACUAUGUUCUGCAUUGCUUGUCCCUCCCUUUUGUGACACAAGUGCAAAGAUUUUACAAUAGCUGCAAGGGGAUACGAAUGUCAGAUGUUGCCUGUAAAUAAUUCUUGUCUUCAUUGUAGUUCUGGAGUGUCACCAUCAGCUGUGUCGGUGGCUUUAGAGUUGAUCAGAAAAGUGUCAUUAUACAGAUUCACUUUGACGUGCAUUUGAAAUAGGACAUAUUUUGUGUGAUUAAGAUUCUGGGUGUGACUGUUCGUUUGUCUAUAAGUGCCCUGCAAUUGGUUGGCAAACAAUUAAGGGUGUCCUCAGCCUCCUGCCUGAAGACGCCUGUGAUAGGUCCCAGACCCCCUACCCUCAUGAGGAUAAGCAGAUCAGAUAAUGGAUGGAUGGAAAUCUAUUUAUGUCGUGUCACGUCAUACACUGAGGCACAUGUCGCCGCCUCGCCUCCAGCACAACACUUAUCUAAUGUGAAGUUGCGAGAACUGGUGCAACCCGUUUUUUUUUUUUUGUCUUAUACUUUUACUUCCUUGCCAUGUACGGCACGUUGACAAGCUGCGUGUCUGUCUAAAUAACAUGCCUGACGAAAUAUUAACUUUGGGUUUGUGUAUUUGGAUGUAAUGGAGCUUAAGAACAAGUUGUGUUUUUAAAUUCUUAACAAGGCACGCUAAGGUAACUUAGCCAGUAGGAUACUGUGAACUUGGCCUAAACUUUUUUUCACAACCUUUAUAGAGCCAAGGCAUAUAUUUUAAGUUCGAAAUAUUUUUUUGAUCAAUGAAAUGAAAUGUUAUCAUUCGUAAGAGCUCUCACGGCACGCUGGUUGGGAAUCACUGGUAAACAAAUGUUCAUUUAAAAACAAAUACAUAAAAUAAUGCUGGCCACUAGAGGGCGGUCCUGAUUCAAACAUGAUCCAGCGCCACUUGAUAAAAGAGUUGAUGAGAGCCAAAAUGUUGGACAAACCAAAUUUAAACUACACUGUUGCCUACUUAACCCAACAAUCUAUUGAGACAGCAAUAAAACAUGCUCAUAUUCUCUCCGUUUUCAUUUUAGUGCACGUUGUUAUAGUGUAUGACUGUGUGAAAGAGAUCAACCUUGUUUUACUCAUUACUCAGAAAAAAACCCCCAGCAGACUAUAUCAUUUGAAUUUGUUCAAACAUAAUCCCGCACUUCACCACUUCUCCAACAUACAGAUAUAAGGGCAUUGUCAUGAAAAGUGUGUUUUAAUAUUUGCAACGAAAUUGCAUUAGCAUACACGUCACGAAAGAGCCACAGGAAAUGUUAGCAAAUUGUUCUCCUCAACAGUGUGAAAGUAAUUGUCUGGAUCUUUACUGCUGAUCAUUAAACUCUGAGCGAACAAUGCAAAA